CCCAUAAGGGCUGAACACUCCACAAGCAAUGAACAGGCGUUUUAAGAAGUUGUAUUCGCGUCCACAUCUGUUUCUGCGCACUUAGCACCCAUUCUCUCAUUUUCCAUUACACAUCUGUCAAACCCUCCAGCUCUCUCUCUCUCAGAGCUGUCAUGGUGUCACACAAGGAGUUUGUGACUGCAGGGAAGGAGAAAGGGCUUCAGGUGUGGCGUAUUGAGAACAUGGACCUGAAGCCUGUCCCCAAGGCCCUGCACGGCAACUUCUACACAGGAGAUGCCUAUCUGCUCCUCUACACAACUGCAGCUCCCUCCUACUACAUACACAUGUGGAUGGGGGAUGAGUGUUCUCAGGAUGAGAGAGGAGCGGCGGCCAUCUUUUCCACCCAGCUGGAUGACUUCCUGGGCGGAGGGCCGGUCCAGUUCAGAGAGGUCCAGAACAAUGAGUCCAUCACCUUCUUGGGCUACUUUAAGUCUGGCAUCAAGUACAAGCAAGGGGGCGUGGCUUCAGGCUUCCAGCACGUCGUGACCAAUGACAUGAGCGUGAAGCGUCUGUUGCACAUCAAGGGGAGGCGGACCAUCCGGGCAACAGAGGUGGUACUGUCCUGGGCCAGCUUCAAUCAGGGAGACUGCUUCAUCGUGGACCUGGGCAAGGAUAUCUACCAGUGGUGUGGCAGUGAGAGUAACCGCUUUGAGAGGCUGAAGGCCUCCCAGGUGGCCAUUGACAUCAGGGACAAUGAGAGGAACGGCAGGGCCAAGCUCCACAUGGUGGAGGAUGGUGCUGAGCCACAGGAACUCACUGAGGCUCUGGGGCCCAAACCCAGUAUCCCCCCUGGCACACCUGAUGAUGAGAAGGUGGACACCUCCAACAGGAAGAAGGGUGCCCUCUACAUGAUCUCCGAUGCGUCUGGCUCUAUGAAGUCGUCGGUGGUGGCCUCGUCCAGCCCCUUCAAACAGGCCAUGCUGACCGCUGAAGAGUGCUACAUCCUGGACAACGGAGUGGACAAGAACGUCUUCGUAUGGAAAGGACCCAAGGCCAAUGCAGCCGAGCGCAAAGCAGCAAUGUCAGCAGCCCAGCAGUUCAUCAAAGAGAAGGGCUACUCCGAUAAGACACAGAUCCAGGUACUACCAGCAGGAGGCGAGACCACUCUGUUCAAGCAGUUCUUCAGUGACUGGAAGGACAAGGACCAGACUACGGGCCCCAGUAAGGCCUACAGCAUCGGCCGCAUCGCCAAGGUGGAGCAAGUGCCCUUCGACGCCUCCACCCUCCACUCCAACAACAACAUGGCCGCCCAGCACAACAUGGUGGACGACGGCAAGGGCAAAGUCCAGAUCUGGCGUGUUGAGGUUGGUGAUAAGGUGCCUGUGGAUCCCUCCUCUUACGGCCAGUUCUACGGAGGAGACUGUUACCUCAUCCUUUACAGCUACAGGCUGGGAGGCAGGGAGCAGCACAUCAUUUACACCUGGCAGGGGCUGAAGUGCACCCAGGAUGAGCUGGCAGCCUCUGCCUUCCUCACUGUGAAGCUGGAUGACUCUAUGGGAGGUGCCCCUGUUCAGGUGCGUGUGACCCAGGGUCAGGAACCCCCCCACCUGAUGAGCCUGUUCCAGGGCAAGCCCAUGAUGGUCCAUAAUGGAGGGACGUCCCGUAAAGGAGGACAGUCGGGUACUGGCAGCACCCGCCUCUUCCACAUUCGUCAAUCCUCCACCCGCGCUACACGAGCUGUAGAGGUAGAGCCCUCUGCCUCCUUCCUGAACACCAACGACGUGUUUGUGCUCAAAUCUCCCACCGCCAUGUUUGUGUGGAGAGGGGUGGGUGCCAGCGAGGAGGAAAUGGCCGCCGCCAAGCACGUUGUGGGUUUCCUGGGUGGCAGUGGCAGUAAUGUGUCUGAGGGCAAGGAGCCAGCUGGGUUCUGGUCUGCCCUGGGAGGGAAGAAGGAGUACCAGACCUCCAAGAGUCUGCAGAACAUGGUCAAACCUCCACGCCUGUUUGGCUGCUCCAACAAGACCGGAUGCCUCAGCGUGGAAGAGGUUCCUGGAGACUUCCAACAAACUGACCUGGCCACUGAUGAUGUCAUGUUGCUGGACACCUGGGACCAGAUCUUCCUCUGGAUCGGCAAUGACGCAAAUGCAGAAGAGAGAACUGGAGCACCCAAAAUAGCUAAGGACUAUGUGGACUCAGACCCCUCUGGACGCAGAGGGCUGUCCAUCACCACCAUCAAACAGGGGGCUGAACCCCCAACCUUCACUGGCUGGUUCCAGGCGUGGGACCCCAAAAUGUGGGAAACAGACCCUCUGAAGAUAAUCCAUGCCCGCUUCUAAAUGCCAAACUCCACCCCCUUAUCUAUCUGGCACUUACACAUAGGCAUGUCAUUCCCCCGCCCCACUCUUUGGAUCAGAGUAUCAGUAUAACACCCUGGACUGCUAUUUCACUUUUACUUUUUUUUUAUGGCAUAAUGUUGUCGCUUUUAGAUUCAUACGAAACAUUUACCUAGCAUGCCUUUUUUAUCUGCUGUUGGAGCAAAGAAAAACCUUAUCUUUGGGAGCCUGUUUAUUCCAGUAGUCUAUUGAAUCCAACUGGUAUUUUGUUUUACUUUGUGAAGUCAUGAUAUGUGAUUACCAUUGAGACUUAGGUCUCAUUUGAAGCAUGCUGCAUUUUAACAGGAUAUCCCUGCUGGAGAAAUAUGUCUGCUCUUUUUUUUACAUUACUUUCGAUGAUUCUGAAAUGGUAUUAUGGAUGGCUUUUUCAAUAAAUUCCUAUUAUUUCUAGAGAAACUCUAGAAAUGAGAA